GUAACCCACCCCCCGACCUCGAUAAGCGGAGUUGGAUGAACUAAUAUGAGCAUCACUGGGCAGGCUACGAAAAGAAGACCGUGAUGUGACGUUCAUCCUUUUUCUUUUUAAGAGCCGCCAGAGAGCUUACGGACGUUCCUCACUGGGUACUUUCCAUCCUACAUUACCUUACCUACCUGGCUUUGGGUAUCUACUUAGGCUGGCAUACGGGUACCAUCCGUUCUUCCCCCUUGGGUUCACCCACAUUACCUCCCGUCAUCAUGCGCACGUAGGGGUUAGCACCGCCCCCCCACCGGCCGACCCUCCCGCAACGAUUCCCACGGCUUAAAGCCUUAUGCGCCCCGACCCCGCCCCAGCCUCACAGCCCGAAGACCAACCUGCCUCACCUCUCCUCUUCCAGUCACCACCGUCAUCCUCGUGUCUUCCUGCCUUUGGAAUACCUGCACAAAUCUCGACAAGUCGUCUUGGGUCCAGCGCACGCAGCGCGCCAGCCUCUCGAUGAAGGAGAUGAUGGCGUCGCACACGAUGGUCAAGCUGAGGAAGCUUACUCCAAAGGCCAAGACAAAAAAGGCCGACACGAGGGCGUCGAGCCCCAAGCCGCCGCCGAAGCCUACUCCCCACCCAAUCCCUGUUCUGCGCCUCCCCCCUGAGAUUGUCCUCCUCAUCCUCGAGUUGCUCGAUCCUAAAGACCAGCUUGCCCUCGAUCGCACGAGCCGCUUCUUCUACUUUAUCGUUAACCCCACCAUCUACACGACAAAUGUCAGGCUUGAGCGCGCGACGUGCGUGUUCUGGGGCGCUGAAAACGGCCAGCUUGGCACCCUCAAGCAUGCGUUGGCCGCCGGCGCCGAUCUGAAUGCCUCGGGUCCCAUCGACAGGAAAGCUGCCGCUGAGAGCGCAACUACGAACGCCAACGGCGAUGGCGGCACUAAUGGCGACGCCACCGAGAAUGCCGACGACGACGAGGCGAGCUCCGAUUCACGCAUCCAGCCCUGGGGAACCGCGCUCCACCUAGCGGCCAAGGGCGGCCACCGUGAAGUUGUCGAAUGGCUGCUCGACAACGGCGCCGACAUGAAUGCCCCCUCGUUCCGGCUCUGCGAGUGUCAGUCGCUUAAGGGGGCUAGGCAUCCCUCGCGACGCUUAACCGAGUGGCCCCGCUGGCGCGCCUUACACACGGCCAUGUGCUUCCAAGAGCGCCUGGUAGCCGAGCUUCUCAUCUUUCGCGGCGCAAACCUGGACCUAGAUGUCACAGCCGGGCAUAACCAUACCGCCCUGCAUUCCGCCGCUGCCAACGGCCUGAUUCCUGUCAUCAAACUCCUGGCCCUCGACCCCAACUUUGUCAUCGAGGAGCGUGACGCCACCGAGAACACAGCACUUCACUAUGUGGCCGAGCUUUGGGGAGCUCGUGACUGUGCCGAAAUUAGGGAUACCGUCACCAAGCUUCUUGCCCUCGGCGCCGACCUGGAAGCUCACAACGAAAGCGGCCACACGCCACUGCUAAACGCUUGCUACCGAGGCAACUACGCCGCCGCCCUCCGCCUGAUCAGCGUUGGCGCGAAUCCCGAUCCGCACCGCCACAUUCCGAACUUUCGAGACAUCCGACCGCUCUUUUACUGCACCAUUCCUCGUUCCGAGUUUUUUGAUCUCGACGAGGCGCCAGUCAAGCACGACGAGUUUGAGGGCAACCGCGUAAGUCUGAUCAAGGCCCUGGUUGACGCGGGUGCUGAGGUCGACGCCCUGUUUGACAAACGUGGCUACCGCAAUGUGACUGCGUUGAUGCUGGCCUGCGAGCUUGCGGAGCCACGUGCUGUGACGGCGCUUAUCAAGGGCGGGGCUGCCGUCAACGCACAGGAUCGCGUCGGAAGAACCCCCCUAUUUUUUGCCUGCUCGGUGCGGGUCGAUCAUCGUGCAGAGGUUCCAGAGAUCUCCUCCGUCUUGUUGCGGCAUGGGGCGCGUUUGGACUUGGAAGAGGACCCCAACAACAGCCCACUCGAGUGGGCCAUCAAGCACGUCCGAUGGGGCGAUAGCGACAUUCUUGAGGUGAUGCUCAAUGCCUCGGACGAGGUCAACCUGACGGAAUCCAAGCUCAAGAACGCACUUAAGAAGUGCGCUUCUAGCGGGAAUUACAAGGCAAUGAGAUCGCUCCUCAAAUUUGGUGAUAGGACCUACGGCAUCUCCGAUGACGACAUCAAGGAGUAUCUGGAUCUGACUAUCCAACAAAAUGACCCGUGGAACCAGCGCGAUACCUUCAGCUGCCUGAUGGAUUUCGGGAAGGUGAUGGACUCGAAUGAAGUGCUCUUGUUCAAGACCUUGCUGCAAAAGAAUCGGGAUUUGACCAUGGCGGUUCUUGAGCGCGGAGUCGUCGUCAGUGAUCCCAGAUUUUACGGCGGGCAGACUUACCUACACAUGGCCUGUCAGUGGGGGGAUAUUGAUGUCGUCAAGGCUCUCCUCGAGAGAGCCGCUGAGGUCAACGUAUUCGACAGGGAGCUUAGGACGCCUUUAUCUAUCGCAGUCUCGGAAAACAACAAGGUAGUCGCGUCUCAACUCAUCCGAGAGGUGGCCGACCCACACCUCGUGCCAUCGGACGAUUUACUUAAGGAGCUGUUCGACGAGGACGAUGACGAAUGGCGUAUCGUAAAGCGCCGCUAUCAUACCGCUUUUGAUAUUGCCAUUGCGUCUCAAGACCGAGCAUCUAUCCUCGAGGAAAUGCUGUCACACUACGAGUUGCCUCAGAUCCGCCCAGGAUCGAAGUUCACAUAUGUCCACCGCGCUUGCCAGAACCCGAACACGGAAGUCUUGAGCAUGCUACUGCGCAAGGGCGCGUGUCCAAAAGGCGGGGAGGGAUGCCCGAACCCACCACUUGGGAGUCUUCUCCGCCACCUCUGGGAAGAACCAAAGAAACAUAGCCUUGCAUCCUGCACCCUCCGGACGGCAAAAGUGCUCUUGUCCCACUGCGUUAGGCUAAAGAUUCCCAUCGGGGCCACUGCUUAUGAGAUGUUCAAAGAGAUUGGCCUCUACGACGGCCCAGAUACUGACAGACAGAUACUGAGAGGGAUCAUACAGAAAGAGCUUGGUGUCAGGACCUGCGUUACAGAUGAAGAGGUAUUACUUGAAUUUGACGUAGACGAAACAUAAUAAGGAUCGCAAUGUCAGGGGCGAGGGUGUCUUUUCUUUCACGUCGGUAAUGGACAGGGGGGUACGGAGUCCUUUAUAGCGAACACAAAUCCUUGGAG